GGCUUGAGUCCAUCUCCAAAUCAAGGGGCAAAGUUUACUAUAAUUGUAAUGACAAUGGAAGCGGGCUAAGUUUCAAAAGGAUUUUAGCAAAGAACCAGAAGCAAGAAGACAAAUUUCUAGGAAAAGACAGAGAGAUCUGGUUCUUAAUAUCACUAAUAUACUAAUUUUUUGGUCCAGAGGUAGAAUUGAGGAGUGGUCUAUUCAGUAUCAUCUCAGGAACUUUUUUAUCACUCACUGACUAGCAAAUUAUCUAUCCGAUAGUCAGCCAUAUUUGUGGGACUAUCCUAAGAUCGGAAAACUUUAGAAAUAUUGACAGACACAGUGUUAGAACCAUAGCAUUCUAAGGUCAGAGGACCUCAAGAUUAUUGCUAUAUUUCCCCUAGAAGCUGCACCUCAGUUCCUGUAAGCUGGAAGCAAAAGAGUGACUUCCUCACCUCCCAUCUCUCCUCUGCCCAACACUAUCUCUCAUUGAAUCAACACAGGCUCAGAGCUCUGACCCAAACUCAGAGAGGAAAUCUCAAGGUCCUGGGGACAGCAAUCAAAUCUCACAACUGGACAGACUGCAGAGGUCAUGCAUACACAUGCCCAUUUCACAGAUGGAAAAAGAAGGCCACUUCAAGUCCUGAAACUGAGAACUGGCUGUUUGGUGAGCAAUUGGAGGAUUCACAAUAGAGAAGAUGGGGAAACAGAGCUGGAUGCCCAAUCAGGUCUCUCUAAGAAAAAUGCAAGCAUCUUGCUGGGCGUCUCAGCACUGCUCAUCCUGCUCUUCCUCUUCCUCCUCCUCUUCUGCUGUCGCCGCCAUCGGGCCAGAAUCAGCAAUGGGAGCAGAGGAGCAGAGGUCAAGAAAACCUCCAAGAGCUCAUACUCAGCUUCAAUCCCCACGGAGGAGACCUUGUACAUUGCUGUUGAGGAUGGCAGACAGACAGAGGAGGCCACACAGGAGGACACUGCUGUUCCCAAAGGGGAAGACCCUCAGCAAGUGACCUACGCUCAGCUGAACCUCUGCAGUCUCAGGGCUGGGACCAAUAACUCUCCCUCCUCUAAACCAGUGGAGCCCAGCCUCUAUGCUACCCUUCGGUGAGCUCAGCCCAAGCCCAGGAGGCCCAGGAGGGAGAAGCCCCUCCCCAGCCUCUGCUUUCUGAGGACAAACCAGUUCUGCCCAAUCAACCAGGCAAGCCAGAUGUUAGAACACCUGCUCAUCACCCCCAAGGGAAGGACAUAAAGGACUACAAACUGCUGGGAGUAGGGUUCCUCCCUCUUGAUCUCUGGCACAAAGAGGGCUUUGCUCCAAUAGAAUGUGCCCCCUAUAGUGCCAAGUCACCAGAAUAGGGGCAAACCAGAUGAGGUCAGAUGAAGCCUAUUAUCACCUAACAGGGUCCUGCCUCCAUUGGAUCUGUCAGUAUAAGUGUAGGAGUCAGAGAACUCCCCUACCUCCAAUAGAGAUGAGGGAGAGACUAGGGUGAAGAUGACAAUCCCUGUAAGGACCCCACUCUUCCUACUGACUCCCAAUGUGCUCAGGUCUGGGUUUGGAGAGAAAGCAACCAGAAUAGGAAGGAAAAGUGUCUCUGUGAUGAGUGACUGGUUAUUGGGGGAAUCAGAGAGAGCGCCUUCCAUCCAUCUCCUUCCUCUGAGCUUUUAUCUAGGCCCAACAAAGCCUGGAGUAGGAAACCAGGCAAUAGGAUCCGAACUGGCUGUUUGACCUUGGACAAGAUCUUCUCUUUCAUUUUCCUCUGAUAUAAAAUGAACUCCUAUUAGUGCAGUUCUCAAUCACUCUGCUCCUGUGUAUAGUUUUAUGGGCCACAGAACUCUGGCCAGAAACCCUAGGGACAAAUUGUCAAGAAAGACCACAGCUACAAUGAAGAGCUCAAGAGAUAGAGUUUCUGAGUUAUUAAUAAUCAAUUUAUUAAUUACGCUAGCUGAUAAUCAAUAACUUGAUGACCAGUUUUUUCUCUUGAUAAACAAAGAUGAAACAAUUCAUAUCCCUUAAUGUUUAAAUAUCUUUAGAAAGGAGGAGCCUUUGACAGGUGAAAAUCAGCCUGGAUUGG